UCAUUAUACUGUACAGCAUAACCAAUAAUGGCAGCACAAAAUACAGAAAUAUAUUAAAAAAAAUACCAUUACCAGAAUAAUUACUAAUGUCUAAAGAUCUACAUUUUAAAACUUUUAAAUAUUUAUAUUAAAAAGGGUAGUUUUAACCACCAGCAUCUACCCUCAACCCCACCCUCUCAAACUAGAAAUACAGUACAUAUAAUAAAUAUAAUGCCUCUAUAGUUAUCUGCACUGAAUGAUUUGGGGUAGCACUGCUGAUACCCCAUUACUCAGGCUGGAUUAAACACCCAGAGUGUAAACUGGCUGCUGGGCUGGAAUGAACCUGAGUUUUAGCAGGAAUGUUUUUUAAAGCAUUGUCGGGAAAGGUAACAAAACCCAUUUUAAGGGCAGUCUAAAUCAUUACUCGGAACUAAAAGUUGAAAACCAACAAAUUCUAGCCCUAAAACUGUUGAACAGACAAACCAAAAAGUAUCAGGGCAGCUGUGAAUAGCGGAAUUCAGAAUCUGGCCGUCAACUAAUGGUCACGUGAUUGUGAAGCGCGUGGUUUCAGAUGGAGUUGCGGUUUCAGGAUGGAGUAGUGGUUUCAGCUAGAGUUAGUUUCAGGAUAAGAGUUGCCUCAGAUGGAGUUGUGGUUUCAGGAGGCGUGCAGUUUCAGAUGGAGUUGUGGUUUCAGGAGGCGUGCAGUUUCAGAUGGAGUUGUGGUUUCAGGAGGCGUGCAGUUUCAGAUGGAGUUGUGGUUUCAGAUGGAGUUGUGGUUUCAGGAGGCGUGCAGUUUCAGAUGGAGUUGUGGUUUCAGACGGAGUUGUGGUUUCAGAUGGAGUUGUGGUUUCAGGAGGCGUGCAGUUUCAGAUGGAGUUGUGGUUUCAGGAGGUGUGCAGUUUCAGAUGGAGUUGUGGUUUCAGGAGGCGUGCAGUUUCAGAUGGAGUUGUGGUUUCAGAUGGAGUUGUGGUUUCAGGAGGCGUGCAGUUUCAGAUGGAGUUGUGGUUUCAGGAGGUGUGCAGUUUCAGAUGGAGUUGUGGUUUCAGGAGGCGUGCAGUUUCAGAUGGAGUUGUGGUUUCAGAUGGAGUUGUGGUUUCAGGAGGAGUUGUGGUUUCAUGGAGUUGUGGUUUCAGAUGGAGUUGUGGUUUCAGGAGGCGUGCAGUUUCAGAUGGAGUUGUGGUUUCAGAUGGAGUUGUGGUUUCAGGAGGUGUGCAGUUUCAGAUGGAGUUGUGGUUUCAGGAGGCGUGCAGUUUCAGAUGGAGUUGUGGUUUCAGAUGGAGUUGUGGUUUCAGGAGGUGUGCAGUUUCAGAUGGAGUUGUGGUUUAAGGAGGUGUGCAGUUUCAGAUGGAGUUGUGGUUUCAGAUGGAGUUGUGGUUUCAGGAGGCGUGUGGUUUCAGGUGGAGUUGUGGUUUCAGAUGGAGUUGUGGUUUCAGGAGGCGUGUGGUUUCAGAUGGAGUUGUGGUUUCAGAUGAUGUGCGGUUCCAAUCCAUUAACACAUAAAUUAGAUUUUAUAACUUUAAUAAAUAGUACACACAGCAAAGUGUUACAUUCAUAA